UGCCGGGAGCCCCUCGGGUAGCUGCCUCCGCCAGCCAUAGCGCCCGCCGCUCCCUCCGCGUCCGUCCCCGGUGCGCGCCGCUGACGCGCUGAGAUGAAAUUCCCGGCCUCUGUGCUGGCGUCCGUGUUCCUGUUCCUGGCCGAGACGGCGUGGGCGCUCUACCUGAGCAGCACCUACAGAUCGGGCGGGGACCGCAUGUGGCAGGCGCUGACGCUGCUUUUCUCACUGAUGCCCUGUGCUCUGGUGCAGCUCACGCUCGUCUUCGUGCACCGCGACCUCAGCCGGGAUCGCCCGCUUGUGCUGCUGUUGCACCUGCUACAACUCGGGCCCCUCUUCAGGUGUUUUGAAGCCUUCUGCAUCUACUGUCAGUCAAACCACAAUGAAGAACCUUAUGUCAGCAUCACUAAGAAGCGGCAGAUACCAAAAGAUGGCCUCUCAGAGGAGAUUGAGAAGGAAGUAGGCCAGGCAGAAGGCAAAUUAUUCACCCACCGCUCUGCAUUCAGCCGGGCAUCGGUGAUCCAGGCUUUCUUGGGCUCAGCCCCCCAACUGACCCUGCAGCUGUAUAUAAGUGUCUUGCAGGAGCAGGUCACUCUUGGAAGAGGCUUCUUAAUGACCUUGUCCCUGUUGUCCAUUGUUUACGGAGCCUUGCGCUGCAACAUCCUAGCCAUCAAAAUCAAGUACGAUGAGUAUGAAGUCAAAGUGAAGCCACUGGCCUAUGUCUGUAUCUUCCUGUGGAGGAGCUUUGAGAUUGCUACUCGAGUCAUCGUCCUGGUCCUCUUUACCUCCAUCAUGAAGACCUGGGUGGUGGUUGUAAUUCUUGUCAACUUUUGCAGCUUCUUCUUGUAUCCCUGGAUCAUCUUCUGGUGCAGUGGCUCCCCAUUUCCUGAGAACAUAGAGAAGGCCCUCAGUCGGGUAGGCACUGCCAUUGUGCUGUGCUUCCUCACUUUACUCUAUGCUGGUAUCAACAUGUUCUGCUGGUCAGCUGUACAGCUGAAAAUCAGCAACCCUGACCUCAUCAGCAAGUCCCAGAACUGGUACCGGCUACUGGUGUACUAUAUGACAAGAUUCGUAGAGAAUGCUGUCCUCCUGCUCCUAUGGUAUCUUUUCAAGACUGAUAUCUAUAUGUACGUGUGUGCGCCUCUGUUGAUUCUGCAGUUGCUUGUUGGGUACUGCACCGCUGUUCUAUUCAUGCUUGUGUUCUACCAGUUCUUUCACCCUUGUAAAAAGCUUUUCUCCUCCAGUGUUUCCGAAAGCUUUCAGGCGUGGCUCAGGUGUUUCUGCUGGGCCUGCAGGCAGCAGAAAUCCUGUGAAUCAGGAAAGGCAGACCUAACAUCUUGCCAAGACCAAGAAGAGACACCUUCUACCAGUAAAAUAAGCCCUGAUCCCACUCAGAUGAGUGCUAAUGAUCUGUGUUCUGUUUAAUGGGACCUGAAAUCUCUCAGGGCACGAGCAUGGUGUUUUCUGAGUUGAUACCCGUUCUUCAUACAAGUAAGGGAGCAAGGCAGAAAGUUAGCUGUCAACUCCUUGUGAGCUGCUGCUCUUUAUAGAGCUCUUAGGUGUGUGGGAACUAUGGGGAGAAGCCAGCAAGGCCUGAGUGUUGAAGGGGCAGCUUGAGGCAUCACAGUUCACAGGUGACCAUGUUAUGUUCUUGCACGCCUUACUGGCUGGUUCACUGACAAAGUGCCCCUGAAGUCUGAAUUGGGCUGGAUACAUCUAUUGGGUGGAAUGAGGAGAGGGGCCUGUUUUCUAGUUUUCUGGACUGUUGGUCUGGGUAGCCUAAUGAUUUAUUACCCCUCAACCAGGUUUUCACCCACGAGCCAUCCUGAUGACCAGAGAAGGUAACUGGGGUUUUGUCAUCAGCAACAUCAUUCCUAACAUACCUUAUAGGGAGGGCUGUUCAGGUUUGGUUUUUGAAUAGAGAUGUGUUCCAUUUAAUCUCACUGGGGCUUUUUGUACAUAACCAACUAUAGCCUUUGUGACAUGCUCUCUGUAAUUGACUCAAGAGACUACAUUUGGAAACUUUAUUCCCUAGUAUCCAUAGCUGCAAAAUUGAAUUCUAAAUUUGGUUAUGGAAGCCUUAGAAUUUGGGGGAAGUUGUUUUCCUUCUACAUGUUGAAGAAAUUGUGGGUCAGGAGUGUUGCUGAAACAUGAGAAUGAUAGAGGUUUGUAUAAGUAGAAUUCUUAUCUUCUCAGAAUUUUUAAAGGUAGGAAUCUGCUAGAAGGUAGGCUUCAACGCACUUACAAUUCACUUGUAUCCUACAAUUCCAUGGAAUUUAUAGUAGAAUUUACUGGGUUUUACCUCCUUAAGAAAGAUAAAAAUAAAACUAUCGUCUUAACACCUGCCUCCCCCUGACACCUGCCAAAAAAAAUUUAAAUGAGAGUUAUCUCAGUUAAGUUUUUAUAGGAAAUCCUACAAAAGUUUCUCACCAAAUGCAAGGAUAUAGGGCAUUUUAAUUUUCAUUUAUUUGAAGAAAAAGUGUUUUUUUCACCAUAAA